UCAGAGCUUGUCUUCAUCCCUCAUCUCGAUAUCAUCGAAGACUUUGUCUGUACAACCGACGUCAUGGUGUGUCGGGGCCGUGGUGUCUUUUUUUGCCGAUUCUCCCUAACGGGACAUUUGAGUCACUGCUACCCAUCAACUCUACUUUUCAUUCUCGUCAACUACACUCCUUUCCAUCUCAUCUACAGUUCCAAUCAUCUUUGCAAGUAUCUACAAUCCUUCGCAAGCAAGCAUCAUGAUUUGGACUAAUUGCACGAUGUACCCUCUAAUCUACUUCUAUCUCCUCAAUCUUCUCUGUCUGGUCUCCGGAUUCAGUCUGUCGCCCGGUGACUCGGUCAUAAUUCCUGGCUGGUAUCUUCAGUCCUCGAUUCAAGCCCGAGAAAAAGCCAGCAAGCUCUCGCAGCCUGAUGCCACGACGGACUCAUGGCACCGUAUCGGGUCGCGCAGCACCGUCAUGGCCGGCUUGCUUCAAGCUGGGGUCUACAACGAGACCGAUCUCUUCUACUCGGACCAUAUGAACGGCGUCGAUCUAUCCGACUUUCAGUCCCCAUGGCUAUACCGUGAAGAGUUCGGCCUACAGCCCCUACCUAAGGGCGACCAUCUCUUCCUCAUCACCCACGGCAUCUCUUCCAAGGCUGAUAUCUACUUCAACGGCGCACAGGUAGCUUGGAGCGACUAUCAGCAAGGAUGCUUUGGCGGCCACCAGUAUGACAUAACGCCGCACGUCCGCUCAGGGAAAAACGCUCUUCUCGUUCAAGCCCACUCAACCGACUAUUCUGUCGACUUUGGCCAAGGCUUCGCAGACUGGAACCCGGCGCCACCAGAUAAUGGCACCGGUGUCUGGCGCAAUAUCGAGCUGAAGCAGACAGGUCCUAUUUCUCUGUCCCCGAUUCGGAUCGUCACCGACUUUAAGACCGCACCCAGUGAGCGAGUGCUGGUGACAGUCAUCACGGAUGUCACCAACCAGAACAAUGUGCCCAUCCAAGCAUCCUUCCAAGGGAUCAUCGCGGCGGAGCAAGAUACUGGCAUGCAGCAGCGGGUCCCGUUUUCGGGCAGUAUCCGGCUCAACCCCAAUGAGCACACAACCAUCUCAAUCCCUGUGACCAUUCAGAACCCUCAAAUCUGGUGGCCUGCUGCGUGGGGUCGCCAGCCACUCUAUGCGGUUCAGCUCAACGUGAGCACGCCUCAGGGGACAAUCUCAGACCGGGCACCGCGCACAACCUUUGGUAUUCGCCACGUAAUCUCUCAGCUCAGCCCCGACAAGGACCUCUCAUUCAGCAUCAACGGUCACCCCUUCAAUGUGCGAGGCGCAGGCUACGCACCCGACCUCUUCCUCCGCUUCGACCUGAAUCGCGUCCGCACCAUUUUCCGCUACCUCGAGCACCCGGAGUUUUACCAGUUGGCAGACCAAAUGGGAAUCAUGAUCAUAGCCGGCUGGGAAUGUUGCGAUAAAUGGGAAGGAUGGGACUAUAACCCUGACGGUCAAGGCCACCAGUGGACCACAACGGAUUACACAACUGCCUACCGGCAGAUGUACCACGAAUCCACCUACCUCCAAGCGCACCCCUCACUCCUCGCCUUCAUUCUCGGAUCCGACUAUUGGCCGGAUGAAUCCGCCAGCAGGCAAUACCUUGCCGCGCUCCAACUUACAAACUGGACCAACCCUGUCGUCGCCUCGGCCUCCGCCCGCGGCAACCCAUCCGGCCUGGGACCCUCGGGCAUGAAAAUGCUCGGCCCGUACGACUGGGUGCCUCCCAACUACUGGACCUCCAACAACACACCCGGUAUAACCGAGUCCGGGACUGCCUACGGCUUUGGGUCCGAACAAGGCCCCGGCGUCGGAACACCCACCUUGCCCUCUCUGACCCAGUUCCUCUCCCUUGCGGAUCUCCACGCCCUCUGGAGUCACCCCUCGUCGGGAUCCUAUCAUCUGUCCCCGCGGGGUGCCGGGGAAUUCCACACCCGCAAGAUCUACAACACCGCGCUGUUCCGUCGAUACGGGGAUCCCACCUCUUUGGAGGACUACCUCCAGAAGACCCAGUUGAUGGACUACGAAGCUACGCGAGCUGUGUUCGAGGGGUUCGCGAUCAACCAAAAUGCUGCCAGCAGCAGUAGUGCUCGUCCGGCAACAGGACUGGUGUAUUGGAUGCUGAACAGCGCGUGGCCCAGUCUACAUUGGCAAUUGUUCGAUUACUAUCUUCGGCCUGCGGGGGCGUAUUUUGGGACGAAGACGGCGGCGGCACGGGGUGAGCACGUUGCCUACGACUAUGUGAGCAGGGAGGUGCGUGUGGUCAAUCUAAAGGGCCCCCGGCUGACUGGAGGGGGUAAGACGGUGAAGAGGGUGGUGGAGGUAGAAUUGAUCACCGCUGUCGAUGGGAAGACGGUGGAAAAGCAGGCGGUGGGGGUGGAGGAGACCGAGCCGGGUGCAUCGGUUCCCGUUGCCAACGUGGCGGACGGGGUGAAUCGUCUACAGGGAGUGGGGUUCUUGAGAUUGUUGCUCAAGGAUGCCCUCAAUGGGUCAGUCCUCAGUCGCAAUGUGUAUUGGGUGACCAAGGAGAAUGACGUGCUCGACUGGGGCAAAUCGAACUGGUACACCACUCCGGUCUCGCGGUAUGCGGAUUUCACCGGAUUGAGCAACCUGCGGACAGCGAGUGUGCUGGCGAGCGUGACCGUCAAGCAGAAGGGAGAAGAUGGGUCGACCCUAGAGGUGACACUGGAGAACAAGGCCGAUAUCCCGGCUUUCUUUAUGCAUUUGACGGUUGUCGAUGCGGCGAGCCAGCAAGAGAGCGAGGCCGGCGAAAUCACGCCGGUCUAUUGGUCUGAUAACUAUGUGACGCUGUUUCCGCGGGAGAAUCUCAAGUUGACGGUGCAGACGCCGAAGAAAGAUGGAUGGAGGAUGGUCAUGUCUGGGUUGAAUGUGAAGAGGAAUGUGAUUGCUCGAGGGUGAGUUGUGCAAGAUGACUACUAUGCUUUGCUGCUGCUGUAACAAAAC